AUGGAAGAUAUCAAGGAAGAAGAAGAGAUUUGACUUAAAAAUAAUAACGAAGAGAUACUUAGGCAGAGCCAUCCAGGUGAAUACAACGGAAACCUAAAAUUCCAAUCUAAGAUCAUUAUCAUCAAGGAAGUUGAGAACUUACUGAAAAGUAUCCAGAAGAAGAAAGGCAUUGAUUACUUGAACCUGUUCAAUAUAUGAAGCCCUUAUUUUGUAGUCACCAUUUUGUUCAGUUUCUUCCUGUUUUAUACACUAAAUGUGACAGAUAUUAUCUGAGCUCUCAGUUUAUUCUUUAUUUUAAUCUGAAUGAUAUUCCUCCAAUACAAACGCAAGAAGUACAAAGCGGAUACUUAUGAGAUCAAACUUAGAGAAAUCUUAGAGGUGUAUAAAUAAAAACACUGAUUCAGAAGAGGAAGAAGAUAAAGAUAGCCAGAAGAAUCGACUACAUAAAAAGACUUAUGACUCUCUCAGUUAUUGUUUUACGCAAGUGCUAAGGAGGAAAAACAAGAAGAACUCUUUCCAGUCUACCCCAAAUGUCUUGUUGGCUAAGGGAGAUGUUAUUAGAAUUUUACCUGGAAAUAAAGCUCCCGCUAAAAUGCAAAGUUUGAGUGAGCCAAAUUUCCAACUUGAAAAAGGUGAACUUUUAAAAUCGAAAAAUGAAAACAUUCCAGAAAAUGCAAACUUGAAGGAAUAUUUCACAGAAGAAUUAGGCUUUAAGAAGUUUAAAGUAUUGGAAACCCCAAUCGUAAAUGAGAUCAAAACAUUAUUAAGAAAUAUAGAGGAAGAGGAGGAUAGCAAGCCUUUACUCAUCGACCAAAGGAAGAUGCUUUACUGGAAGACAAUAAAUAUCAUCCUUUUCCUUACCCUUAUUUGUUCUGUGAGCCUAUCAAUAACCUGGAUAGUUCUUGAAAAUGUUAACUUUGCUGAGAUUCUAUCUCACCCAGUCUACAUGAUGAUUUGUUUAACCUACAUUUGUGUCCCAUCAUUACUGAAAUUCAUGGAUGCUUGGUGCAAUUCAUUAUUGCUCUCCUUAUCAGAGAAGCUGCAGAAGGCUGACUAUAACAAGCAGUUUAGGACAAAUUACUUCCAAUUCUUGCAAAAGAAGGAGCGAAAGAAGAAAAAGAUGGAUCUUGAUGAAAAAGAAGGCCACAAGGAUAAAAAGAAAAUCAAAAAGAACCAAAAGUCAAGGACUCAUAUUAAGGGAUUUACCAAGGUCGAUACUUAUUACGAGGAAUUUAAUUUUAGCUACUGGGCCAUUAAGGAUAAUUGGAGGAGAUUUAAGAAAAUGCUACUCCAAGGAGUCGCUAAGAAGGAAGAUUAUGUAGGAAUCUUGUCCUAUGCAACAAUACUUGCAUUUACAGAUCUGGAAGGGAUCAUUAGUGAAAAUGAGAGAUACGCAAAUGAACUUGCUGUGUUUGAUCAGUAUGGCAAGAAAGUAGUUAUUGAUCUCCUCCAUGAUCCGUAUGUUGAAUUUGAGCAGGAUAUUUAUGUAUUUGAAAAGAAAACUUCUGAGACAACAAAAUAUAAUGCUCUCAAGAAAGCAUUGGCUAUUUGUAUGGGAAACGCUCAAAAUCCUGAAAGAGGAAAUAAAUAUGAAUACUUAAAACCUAUCUUCAAGCUCCCAUCUAGCUUAAAGAAGAAAGUAGAGCAGAAUUCAGAUGAAUAUUUUUUACAUAGAUUUAACAAAAAUGAAAUCACGCCCCAUUUAGACUGAAUGUGUUCUCUAUCUUUCAGGCUAGGGCUGAAUCCUGAUGAGAGGAAGAACUUAUUCCCAACAUUUUCAUUUUGGGAUAUUAAGAACAGGGAUGAAUGCAACUUGGACCAGAGACAAAGAGAAGUUGAAAUUGGCUAUAAAGAUGACAACGAUACUGAAAGCCAUAAUGCUGUAAAAUCAAACAAGGUUAGAAGAAAAAGCGUCAGAGGCAAAAACGGCAAACAACUUUUUGACAUUGAAUCUGUCUCACAAUAUGCCAGUGAUGGACAGCUUUCUAUGAGAAGUAGUAAUAAUGAUCUGAUGAAGGAUGUUGAGGAAAUAAAGAAGGAGCAUAGCGCAGCUGAAAUUGCUAAUAACCACUUUGCAGAAAUGAGAAAAAGAAAACAAUAUGUAAAAGAGCAAGCUAAAGUCCAUCAUAUUGUCUCAACGAUAUGUAAAGAUCUUCAGGUGCGCCAAUUUGAUGAUUCCAAUAAAAGUUCUGGGAUAAAAUAUCAUUUAUUUUCUAGAGGCGAUCCUCAUAUGCUUCUACAGUUUUGAGGCGAUUACUGGAAUGGUAACUCAGUGUCUCCUAUUUCACAUAAUAAUCGAGCGAAUAUCUUCCAAGCAGUAAAGGAUAUUGCGAGACAAUGGAGCCUAAACGAUCUAGAUGCUGUUGGGUUUGCUUACAAACCUGCUAUUCCUUCAAUCUAUGAAUAUGUUGAAUCAAGAGGGUAUGAAAAGGCAUCAUCAAAAAGCGAUAUUGAACUUCUCCAAAAACAGCAGAACAACCAAAUCUUCCUAGGAAUGGUUGGAAUUAAAGAACACAGCAAAAGAGAAAUCAAUGAAAUAUUCAAAAGUUUUGGGAAUGAAGGAGCUGGAAUCAGAUGAGUCAUGUUUUGUAAAGAAGGGCCUAUAGAGACUAAGAAUUUAGGAAGUGAAAUAGGAUUGAAUACUGACUGGAACACUUGUAUCUCACUUUCAGAUGAUUCGAUGAAUGAGCUUAUCAACCAAGAAGGCAAUCUCGUGCUGCCCUAUGGAAUCAAAGGAAUAAGAGAACAUCUCAAGACAGUUGAUCAGAUUCCUUUACAAGUUCCUAUGUUCUGAGACUCUACACCUGAUAAUAUUACAGAAAUGAUCAAAAUGUAUCAAGAGAAUGGGGAAGUUGUAGUCUGUAUUGGGAAUGUGUUUAACAUCGAGAAUAUUAAAAUUUUCCACCAAGCAGAUCUCUCAAUAGGAAUGAUGGUGGCCCCUUCUCAAAGAUGUAUUGGAUGUAAAGGAUUAUGAAGAGGCUUUACUGCUAUGAGAACCUACACCCCAAACAAAUUGGAAAAUCUUGCCUUUAGUCUGAACAGUCUUCCUUGUGCAUUCAAUUAUAGUGCUAAUACGAAUAUUUAUAGUCUUUAUACAUUAUUUAGAGAGUCUAGAAGGCUGAAAAAUGGGCAACAGCAGUGUUUACUUAUGACAGUUUUUCUUUACAUGAUGAUACUUGGAAGUAAACUGGUUGAUAUCAGCCUUGGGUUACCAUCCAACAUGAGUAACUUUAUGACUCUUAUUAUUUGUUUCAUAUGUAUUCCUUUACUGGCACUAACUUUCUUGUUCCGACCAAUGAGUAACAAUAUUAUGAAGAGGCAUUCUAUCAACAGAAGGUAUUCUCAUUUUGUGCAGUAUUAUAAGAAAAUGGUUAGGUUUUAUAUUAUCAAGAUUAUUAUCAGCUUUUUAAUCAUUGAGAUAGCAUAUCUUCUUAAUUAUUACUUCAUGCUUAAAAGAUACGCUGAGAAGUUCCCAGACCAGAUGAACGGGCUUAAGGAUGUAGGAUUCAGUGACCUUGAACACAUUCUAUGGGGAUCUUUAUAUAAACUUAGAGAUGAACAUCAGUACUGGGAUCAUAAAGUACAAGUCAAUCAGAUCUUUAUGACAUUUUAUAUUGGUGUAAUCUGAUUGAUCCUUGCUCCGGGCUUCGAACAUGAAAGAUACUCUGUAUGCAAAAGAAGAAAAAUUUUGUGUAAAAACAAUGUAUUCGUGGUGCUCAUGGUUAUACAGAGUGUCCUCUUAUUUGCUUAUUUUUUUAUCGGAACUUGUCUGGUGAAUACCAGUGAUAUCUAUUUCCCUCAUUAUUUUUACUGGAUUAUACUUGUUAUACAUUCUUCGUUGUUGAUUGGACUUGAAGAGGUUACAAAGAGGAUUAUUAGAGUUCAACAUGACAAGGAUCAGACUAGACUAGGAUUCUUUUAUGAAAUUAAACUAGGCAUGUAUUCACCUAAAUAAGAGAUUCAAUUAAA